UAUCCCUUCAAACUUAAAUUCCAGUAACUAAAAUGAUCUUCCGAGUACUAAUGAAUCUAAAGUACAACAUUCUGAAAUCUCCAAGACAGAUCCAAAUACUCUUAAGGAAAUAUUGUUCUAAGAAGGAAAAAUCCAGCAAAAAUGAAUUCCAGGUGUGUACCAUUUCUGAAGGUAUGGUGGAUCCGAGCAAACCCGAACCUUCGGUGGUCAUCAUAGGUGCGGGAAUGGCAGGACUUUCGGCAGCACACAGGCUGGUGCAAAGCGGUAUUAGUAACUUUACGAUUUUAGAAGCAACCGAUCGACCCGGUGGCAGGAUUCAUUCCUGUUGGUUGGGCGAUGUGAUCGCCGAGAUGGGUUGCCAGACUAUUCACGGCGCCUGCAUCAGCAACCCCGUUUAUAACCUGGCCGCACAGGAGGGCCUCCUUAGAAACCCGGUGAAGAGGGAGGACCCUCUAAAGGGGGUGUUCUGUACCAGCGACGGCAGGGCUGUCGAAUCGGCCGUCUCCACGAUGGCCUUUCAUGUGUUUAAACAAAUCCAGGAGGAAGCCGCUAGCUUAUUCCACAUGGGCUGUGGGAAGGACCAUGGAUCUCUGUAUAACUUUUUAGGUUUACGGAUACAGCAGGAGCUUCAGAAAUUUCCCGAGGACCAACGGUACGAUGCUUCGAGGGUGAUGUACGGUCUGACCAACAUCCUCCGAUUCAGGAUGGGUGACGAUCUAACUCAGAUUAGCGCCGAUAAUUUCGGUUCUACCAUCACAAUCCCUGGAGGCAGCGUAGGAAUACCACUUGGUUUCGUCGGUGUGUUAUCCCCUCUGAUGAAAGACCUUCCAGAGUGCAGCCUGAAGUUCGGCAAGCCGGUCGGUCUCAUAAGGUGGGGCGCUGUUCAGAGCAGGAGCAAGGGCCCCAGGGCGGUGGUCCAGUGCUGUGACGGCGAGGAGUUCUGCGGCGACUAUGUCAUCAUCACCGUCUCCCUAGGGGUCCUGAAGGAGCACGCCGAGAAGAUGUUCUGCCCUGCCCUGCCAGGGAACAAGAUGGAAGCCAUUAAAUGUCUAGGUUACGGCAACGUUGACAAGGUAUUCCUCGACUACGCGCGUCCUUUCUGGGUGUGGUCAGAAGGAAACAUCAAAUUCGCUUGGUCCCUGGACGAGCUCUCCAAGAGAAAUGACUGGACGAAGGGGCUUAGCGCCAUCGAGGAGGUAGAAGGGAGCAAACACGUCCUCUGCGCAUACAUAAGCGGCCCCGAGGCAGUCCUCAUGGAACACGCCAGCGACGAAGAGGUCGCGGAAGGAGUCACCAAGGUAUUGAGGGAGUUCACCGGAGAUGCCUCUCUACCUUUCCCUACGAGCAUCCUGAGAUCCAAGUGGGCCUCCGAUCCAUAUUUCUGUGGGACUUACAGUUACAUGAACGUAAACUCUCACGUGGGGCACCAGUGCGAUCUCAGUUGUCCCGUGCCUGGGUCCUGCGAUCCUGUACCGCCUAUUUUGUUAUUUGCUGGUGAAGCAACUUGCGCUGGUCACCAUUCCACCAUUCACGGAGCCAGGAUAAGCGGUAUAAGGGAGGCGGAAAGGAUCAUACAACUAACGAAAAAAUACGGCGGGCCUCCUAAAAAUACAUAA